CUCCCCUCGCCGCCAUGUCGCAACAACAGUGGCAGAUUCGCUAUUCCAACUCGCGCGCCCUGCCCUACUUCUACAACGCCGCCACGCAGCAGAGCGUCUGGGAGGCGCCCGCCGAGCUGAGCCAGGCCGACAUCGGGGCACUGCCCGGCGCCCAACUGCUCCAGGCGGGCGCGGGUGCGGCCAAGAAGGAGCAACAGGGCAAGGUGCGCGCAAGUCAUUUGUUGGUGAAGCAUCGGGAGAGCAGAAGGGCCAGUAGCUGGAAAGAGGCAAGCAUCACGCGCACUCGUGCCGAGGCCGAGCAAAUCCUGCGCGAGCAUCAGCGUGCGCUGCUCUCCGGAGGAUCCGCGUCCGCACCCAAUGUCGACGUCUCGGCCGACGACUUUGCCAAACUGGCCAGCGUGCAUUCCGACUGCUCCUCUGCGCGUUCCGGCGGCGAUCUGGGCUAUUUCGCACGCGGGCAGAUGCAGCGUCCCUUUGAGGAGGCCACGUAUGCGCUGCACGUCGGCGAGAUGAGCGACGUGGUGAGCACCGAGAGUGGGCUGCAUUUGAUUCUGCGCACUGCUUGAAAUAUGGCAGGGCGCAGGGUAGGGUCAGGCGUGCCGAGUCGUUUAGGAGGGUUAAAGCGG